UUUGUCAACCUGCAGGAUUUGAAGAGAGUGUUGUCCUUCCCACCAUACCCUGGGGAUUAUCUACAUCCAGUGGUAUAUGCCUGCACUGCAGUCAUGCUGCUCUGUCUGCUUGUCUCCAUUAUGACCUAUAUCGUCCACCAUAGUGUCAUCCGCAUCAGCAGAAAUGGCUGGCACAUACUCCUCAACUUCCUUUUUCACACGGGACUAACGUUUGGAGUUUUUGCCGGCGGCAUCAAUCAGGUCAACCUGCCUUUCGUGUGUCAGAUUGUUGGCAUUGUGCUCCACUAUGCUUCUUUGUCUACCAUGCUGUGGCUGACAUUUACAGCUAGGAACAUCUGUAAAGAUGUGUGCAAAGACCCACUUAGGGCUCAGGACAGGAAUGGGCCGGCAAAGACUCGCACCAAACCAACCGUCUUCAGAUUUUAUCUUGUCAGUGAUGGAAUCCCUCUCAUAAUUGUCGGAGUUACAGCAGCAUUCAGUAUGGAUAACUACGGCAGCAGGGAUGGUGCUUUGUAUUGUUGGAUGGCAUGGGAACCAAGCCUGGGAAGUUUCUAUGCCCCCAUGUCUCUUCUGGUCUUGGUCAUGUCUGUGUACUUCUUGUGCACCUACAUCCAGCUCAAACGCCAUCCGGAGAGGAGGUACGAGCUGCAAGUUUUGAGGGAGGAGCAGCAGCAGUUAUCGUCCAGUGAGUCAAAUCAUCACUGCCACAUAGAUACUGGUGGAGCUUCAGGCCUUGCUGUGGACUGUCCACCAUUUGCUACAGGUGUUUCAGUGCUGGCCAAUGAGCACUCUUUUAAAUCUCAACUCCGAGCCACAGCCUUCACCCUUUUUCUGUUUCUGUCUACCUGGGCUUUAGGGGGAUUGGCUGUAUCAAUGGGACAUUUCCUGGAUAUGAUAUUCAGCUGCCUGUAUGGGGCAUUUUGUGUCACCCUUGGACUUUUUCUUCUCAUACAGCACUGUGCCAAACGUGAUGACGUGUGGCACCGCUGGUGGGCUUGUUGCCCAUCCAAGUCCAAGACAGAGGAAAGGAAUGGGGGAGGACAGAGCCAGAGGCAGGGGCUCCAUCAGCCCCACUGCCACCUAAAUUCCCCCUGCUCUGGCAAGCAGCCCUCCCCUCACUUUAUGCAAAGUUCUUACCACACAAUGCCACCAACUCCCCAGCUCCCCUCACUCAACCACACAGGUCCAUGCUGCGUGGCUGUAAUGAGUCCUGUUACCACAGCCUCACUCUCACCUCUACCUGAGCCAAUGCCUUCACCACGUCCCCAGUUACUCCUUGAUGAGCUGCCUCGUCCCGUUCUGCCCCUUCAGAGCUGCCUUAUCGAUAGAACAAAGUCAUGCUCAUUCAACCGCCCACGCCCAUGCCUCCAGGACUACCGUUCUCACAUGACUUCUGUCAGUAUGGAUGAGAGUGUCCAAAGCUCCCACCUAGAGAGCCCUGCACAUCACCUUGAAGGCUCGCCACUGGCUUCCAACAGCCCACAUCCAGAUAUCCAGCUUCCCUGCCCCAUCCCUCACUUGGAUAACCAGCUGCUUUCCUGCCACAGCUUGCAACGCCAGACCUCCUGCCAUAGUGUACAAGACUCAAUGACUUCCUGCCACAACCACCCACACAACAUGCAUGACAGCAUGAGUUCCUGUCACAGCCUGCUCCUGCCUUCUCAUGGGGUCCACGCCUGCCAGUGGCGCAUGUACAGCUCAGCUGAUCAUUCUUCCACCACAAGCUGCUGUGAAAAGCCUGAUCCUUUCAACUUGCAGUAUCAGCAAGGCCCUGAAGCUUACAGCUGUAUGCCAAAGACGGAAGACAACGAAAAGGAUAAACUCUGUGUAGAGGAGGAGGAGAAAGGUUUCCCAAGGAAUACACUGCCUCGGCAACAUGCCACCAUCAGCCUACGAGGCACCAUUGCCCGUAACAGGAGCCUGCAGGAAGACAGCCUGUUUGGUUCAGACGUCACGAGAAACAUACGGACUGGUCCUUGGAAGAAUGAAACCACUGUAUAGUUUCUUACACUUGUGCAAGUCAAACCCCUCAGCAGCCCUUGGGUCAAACUACUCCCUCAGUGUUAAGUGAGUGUCACUGCCUUCAGCUUUGCCCUUAAACUACAGGUUGAAUUUUCAGCGAGGCCUCAUAUCCUGAUGAUAUUUCAGAACCCUUUAUGACAAACUUUGUGUGUUAUAAGUCAGUUUUAUAAGGACUAUUGAAAAAUGAGAAACAAAAAGAAUUAACAAUGAAUAUAUUUUAUGCUCCAUGCAGUUUAAGGUUGCAGUCAGUAUUUUACAGCUUGUUUAGGAUAAACCCUUAGUUUGCAAUGUCUGCUAAUGGGAUCAGUUCAUCUCAGUCGCUUGGGAAUGCUUUGGACCUGUGAAGAUCUUUAUUUCUUUCACUGCCCUUGUGGACUUAAAAUAAAUAUUCUCUCAAGUCUUCAACGAUUCAUGCACCCCUUGGCAAGCAAGUGGGAAAUUAUGAAGCUUCCAUCAUCUUUCAAAUGCUGCACAUAUACUUACAUAUAGAGGUCUUCACGUGGACCCAAUCCAAAGAAAAAGGAAUCCCACCCAAGAGUGACCCAAGGACAGCAAGAGCUGAUCCGAAUGGA